UUUAACUCCAAAAAGGGCUUGGCAUUGCAUUUAACUGAAGUGCAUAAUCUCUUCAUACAAAUAGCAAAUAAUGACAUUUACUGAUUUAUAGUCACACUAUAUAUAUAUAGUCAUGCACUACAAGAAAGAGAGAUGUCUGUAACUAAUACUUUGAAAGCAAGAGUCAGCCAUGGCAAGAAGGGCAAGCUCUCUCUCCUUUUCUUUCUUUCUUCUUAUUCUUCAUCUACUCCUCAUUUCAGCAACUAGCAAAGCAACACCUGAACACCCAAUAAAACGUGUUCCCUUCUUCAUCUUUGGCGACUCAUUUUCAGAUGCUGGAAACAACAAUUACAUCAAUACAACAACUCUUGACCAAGCAAAUUUCUGGCCUUAUGGAGAGACAUAUUUCAACUUCCCCACCGGACGUUUCUCCGACGGUCGUUUGAUGCCAGACUUUAUUGCUGAGUAUGCAAAUCUUCCAUUAAUCCCACCUUUUCUACAACCUGGAAUUGAUCAAUUCUUCUUGGGAGUGAAUUUUGCUUCAGCUGGAGCAGGUGCUCUGGUAGAAACUUUUAAAGGAGAUGUGAUUGACCUUAAAACACAAUUGAGCAACUACAAGAAGGUGGAGAAUUGGUUGAGACAUAAGUUAGGGUAUAAUGAGGCGAAGAUGACAAUAUCUAGAGCUGUUUACUUGUUUAGCAUUGGAAGCAAUGAUUACAUGAGCCCUUUCUUGACCAAUUCCACUGCUACACUGAAGUCAAAUUCCAAUUCCAAAUAUGUUGGGAUGGUCAUUGGCAACUUGACUACAGUCAUUAAAGAGAUUUAUAAGAUAGGAGGUCGGAAAUUUGCAUUUGUUAAUUUGCCCGCAUUAGGGUGUCUUCCUGCUAUAAGAAUAAUUAAACCAGAUAGUAAUGGUAGAUGCUUAGAAGAAACUUCAUUGCUAGCAGCAUUGCACAACAAAGCUCUCUCCAAGCUUCUUUUUGUAAUGGAGAGGAAAUUGCAGGGGUUCAAAUAUUCACUGUUUAAUCUCAGAAGCAGUCUUCAACAAAGAAUGAAGCAUCCUUCCAAAUUUGGUUUCAAGCAAGGGAACACAGCAUGCUGUGGUACAGGAAAGUUUAGAGGAGUUUAUAGCUGUGGAGGAAAGAGACCAGUGAAGGAGUUUGAGUUGUGUGAGAACCCAAAUGAAUAUGUGUUCUGGGAUUCUUUUCAUCUCACAGAAAGGGCUUACAAGCAAUUGGCAGACGAAAUGUGGAGUGGGCUUAACGGCUCUAAAAUUGUUGGACCUUCCAAUUUGAAGCAACUAUUCCAGAAUUGAAGCUAGAGGCCAAAAUGGAUAGUAACGGGGUAGAGAGCUAGAAGAAGACAUGUCAAGUAUAAGAUUCCAAGUUUAUUUUUUGUUGGCUCUGUGUGCCGUACUCGUCAUCCCAAAGAGCACCAAGGCUCAUCCUCAUCCAGAA